AUGAGGGCACCACCGCUGCUGCUGCUGCUGGCGGCGGCACUGCUGCUGCUGCCGCCCCCGGGGGCCGCGCGCCGCCCCCGCCGCCGCGAGCGCCCGCAGGCCCAGCAGGCCGGGCCCGGCGCCAACGGCGACGACUACGAGGAGGGCUACGACGACUACGACACCGAGUACGAGUACGGCGUCGACGAGACUGAGAAGUCCACCACUCUCGCUGUGCCCACCACCACCACCAGCACCACCAGCACCAGCACCACCACGGAGCGGCCUCGGCCCACCCCGAGGCGCACCCCGCCCCCGCCGCCGCCGCCGGACCGAGGGGAGGCGGCGCCGCCGCCCGCCCCCAGGCCGGCGCCGCAGAGGCCGAAGCCGCCGCAGCCCUUCGUGCCGCCGCCCACCGUGCCGCCGGCGCCGCCCCCGGAGCCCGCCUCCCGCGUGGUGCCGCCCGAGAGGAAAGAGGCGCGCGCGUGCACCUUCGAGGGCCGGCGCUACGGCGACCAGGAGGAGUGGAGCCCCGACGACUGCACCAGCUGCCAGUGCCUGCGAGGCCGCGUCGAGUGCUCCCACCGGCAGCCGUGCGCCUCAGGGGGAGGCUGCGAAGGCAUCGUGUGCCAGGAGCUGGACUGCGCCUCCAACCAGAUCGUGCCGCUGGGCCAGUGCUGUCCUGUGUGCUUGGAGACCGAAGAAGAGACAGAGCCUCCUCCUGAGCAUACAGUGCUGCCUACGAACCCCAACCCCAACGCAGGAGAAGGACCUAUCGCCGCCAGCGGAGUGGACGCCAUCGGCUUGCCAGGACCUCGGGGUGACUCAGGAAUACCAGGCGAGCCGGGCCGACCAGGGGAGUCAGGAAUUCCAGGACAACCGGGCACGCCUGGAAUUCCAGGCAGUCCAGGCCCGCCAGGGAUAGCUCCCGACGUGUCGUCCUACUACCAGCAGCUGGCGCUGUCGCAGUCGUCGGGCGACAAGGGCCCCACUGGGCUGGCGGCGGGACUCUACCCGCCCGAGUCGUACGGCUACCUGCAGGCGCAGGUGGGCCCCGUCGGGCCCCGCGGACCUCCAGGUCCGCCGGGCCCGCCGGGACCGCAGGGCUUCCAGGGGACCAGGGGCGAGCCCGGGGACUCGGGCCCGCAAGGAGCCCCGGGCCCCAUCGGGCCGCGCGGGCUGCCGGGACCGUCGGGCAAGGACGGCGACUCGGGCGAGGACGGCGAGGCGGGCAUGCCCGGGGCGGCGGGCCCGCCGGGCCCCAGGGGCCUGCCGGGCAUGCCGGGCAUCCCGGGCAUCAAGGGCCACCGGGGGUUCCCCGGCCUGGACGGCGCCAAGGGCGAGCAGGGCGCGUCGGGCGAGAAGGGCUCCAGCGGCGCCUCCGGCCCCAUGGGACCCGUCGGCCCGAUGGGCUCCGCUGGACCGCGCGGCGAGAGGGGCCGUGAGGGCCCGCCGGGACCUCCAGGGCUCAGAGGCAUCGACGGCAUCUCGGGACCUCCGGGAGCCCCGGGUUCUAUCGGCAAGCCAGGACCUCCGGGAUUUCCUGGAAAUCCUGGAAUAAAAGGAGACCAAGGAGCGAUCGGUCCCAAAGGGAGUCAGGGUCUGCAAGGACCACGAGGCGAGUCGGGCCGCCCGGGGCAGCCGGGCGACUCGGGGGCGCAGGGCCCGCCCGGCAGGGACGGCUCCCCCGGCGAGAAGGGCAGUCCAGGGGCGCAGGGCCUGAGCGGCGGCCCGGGAUUCCCCGGGUCCAGGGGCCCGCCGGGGGUAUCCGGCAGCCCGGGCCAGCCCGGCGUCAAGGGCAGUCCCGGCACGCCCGGCGAGCGUGGCUACAAGGGCGAGGCCGGCGCGCGCGGCGAGGCGGGCACGCCGGGUCCCAGGGGCCUCCCCGGCACGCCGGGGGCCGAGGGGAAGCGGGGCAAGCGGGGCAUCAGGGGCUCCACGGGCCCCAGUGGCCCGCCGGGCGAGAGGGGCGUGUCGGGCGCCAGGGGCCUGCCGGGCCCAGACGGACCGCCCGGGGCCAAAGGACAAACUGGCGACCGAGGUCCUUUGGGACCCCAGGGCAACAAGGGCUCGCAAGGAGAACCAGGACGACCAGGAUCACCAGGACUCCAGGGCCUGAGGGGCGUGCAGGGCCGCACGGGCUCGCCGGGCAAGCCAGGGCUGCCGGGGGAGAGGGGCAUCCAGGGCGCCGACGGCAAGCCGGGCGAGCAAGGACCGCAGGGCCUCCAGGGACUGCCCGGGCCCAUCGGCAUGUCGGGAGACAAGGGACUGCCGGGCGAGCAAGGGCGCGACGGGGAGCCGGGACCGACGGGACCAGCCGGGCCCAGAGGGGACUCGGGCAAGGACGGCUCGCCGGGGUCGCAGGGCAGCCCGGGCCCGCCGGGCUCCGACGGCGAGCGGGGGGCUCCGGGUCCCGUGGGCCCGCGAGGCUUCCAGGGCCUGCCCGGCGCGCCGGGGAACCCGGGCAGCGCCGGCAAGGACGGCGAGCCGGGGGUGCAGGGAGCGGCCGGCGUGCCGGGCUCCAGCGGGCCCAGGGGCGAGCGGGGGUUCCCGGGCGAGCGCGGGCCCGUGGGGUCGCCGGGGGCGACGGGGCCCAGGGGCGAGCCGGGGUCGCAGGGCCAGGACGGCCCGCCGGGUCCACCAGGAUUCAAAGGCGACAAAGGACAUGCAGGACCUUCGGGUUUAGUGGGUCUGCAAGGACUGCGCGGGGAAGCCGGACUGCCGGGAGAGAAGGGCGAAAGAGGCACCACCGGACCCGCGGGUCCCGAAGGCCCACCUGGGCGGCAGGGCGACCGCGGCGCGCAGGGCGAGAUGGGGCCGGCGGGCCCGCCGGGCGAGCCGGCAGACCGGGGCGACCCCGGCCCGCCCGGGCCCCCGGGAGAGGCCGGCGCCCCCGGCGGUCCCGGCGAGCGGGGCCCCAUCGGGCCGCAGGGCCUGCUGGGCUUCCCCGGGCCGCAGGGUCCCGCCGGCCAGGCCGGGCCCAAGGGCGAGCGCGGCUUCAACGGCAACAAGGGCGAGCAGGGCAGCCCGGGCCUGCAAGGCACUCCGGGCGAGCAGGGGUCGCCGGGCCGCGUGGGGCUGACCGGAGCGAAGGGCGCCAGAGGGGAGCCGGGAGCACGCGGGGAGAGUGGCAUCAUGGGAGCCCCUGGCAGACCUGGGGAGCCCGGCCUGGCGGGCCUGCCCGGCAGUAUCGGCGCCCCUGGACCCAUGGGUAGUCCCGGCAUCAAGGGCUCGGCGGGCGACGCGGGGCGGCCCGGCAACCAGGGCCCGCCCGGUCAGGCGGGCGCCCCGGGACCCGAGGGCCCCAAGGGAGACUCCGGGUCCGAGGGACCCACGGGCCCGGCGGGUCAGCCGGGACCUCAGGGCCCCGCGGGAGACAGGGGCCUCCCGGGCCUGCCCGGGUCCGCCGGUCCGGCCGGGUCGCGAGGCGUGCGCGGAGCGACGGGAGAGACUGGGCCGCCGGGGAAGGCCGGCAGCGAGGGCCCCCCGGGCCCGCCUGGAGUGUCGGGACCGCCGGGUCAGCCGGGCCAGCCGGGCGAGCAGGGCCCCGAGGGACCGUCGGGCAAGUCGGGUCCCCCGGGGAUAGCGGGGCGGCCCGGGGACAAGGGGCCCAUCGGCCCGUCCGGCGCGCCGGGCCAGCAGGGACAGCCCGGCAUGCCCGGCCCUCCUGGUGCCAGCGGACCCUCGGGCUCCCCAGGGGAGCGGGGGCAGAAGGGCGAGUCCGGGCCCCAGGGCGUCGACGGACUGCAGGGCGCGAGAGGCAAGCCGGGACCUUCAGGGCCAGAAGGGCUGAAGGGAGAGCGAGGCGAGCCGGGACCAGGCGGCGCGAAGGGACACAGAGGCCUCAUGGGCCUGCAAGGUCUCCCCGGAGCUAUAGGCAUGCCGGGAGACAGGGGCUUCCCCGGUCCGGCCGGACCGCCUGGCAAAGACGGCGAGCCUGGACCCAAAGGCAUGUCGGGUCGCGACGGCAGCCCGGGCCAGCCCGGCCUGAACGGGCCGCCGGGACCCAGGGGCCCGCAGGGCGAGGAGGGGCGCCCCGGCCCGCCGGGCGGCUCCGGGCCCCCGGGGCCCCCGGGGCCGCCGGGAGACGCCAUGGGGCUCGGCUACGACUACGCCGCGCUGUCGGCGCUGCUCAACCAGGGACAGAGCAAGGGCCCGGACCCGCUGAGCGGAGACGAGCCGGUGCGGGUGUUCGGCAAGGAGAUCACAGAAGAGGAGCGGCGCCAGCUCGUCACGCAGGCCUACCAACACCUCAAGACGUCCUUCGAGCGCUUCAAGCGGCCCGACGGCCAGCGCUCGUCGCCCGCCAAGACGUGCCGCGACCUGGCCGUGGCGCACCCGGAGCUGCCGAGCGGUGAAUACUGGAUCGAUCCCAACGAAGGAGACGACAGAGAUGCCAUCUUGGUUCAGUGUGAGAUAGCUGAAAGGAAAACGUGCAUUCUCCCGAGCCCUGCGAGGACGCCUGAGAUGAACUACAUCGGCCAAGAGCCUGAAGUGUGGGUCGGGGAAAUAAGCGGUGGGAUGAAGCUGACCUACAAGGCCGACAGCAACCAGCUGGGCUUCCUGCAGCUGCUGUCCAGCGGCGCGGCGCAGAACCUCACCUACCACUGCCGCAACUCCGUGGCCUACUACGACGAGGCCAAGCACACGUACCGGCGCGGCAUGAAGCUGCUCACGUGGAACGACGCCGAGAUCACCCCGCGCGGCAACCACCGGCUGCGCUACGAGGUCAAGGACGACGGCUGCAGGUACAAGAGCAACCAAUGGGCCAAAACUGUGGUCUCCUACAGCACGGAUAAGACCUCACGCCUACCGAUCGUGGACGUGGCCCUGCGCGACGUGGGGCAUGAGAGCCAGAAGUUCUGGCUGGAGCUCGGUCCUGUGUGCUACUCAUGAUGAGAGUCGCCUGCGCUGUUGCGUCGUUCCGAGCGCUGUGGCCACGGCUGUUGCAAGACAACAUGUGUUCAAUUCAAAUGGACGACUCACACGUUACUAGAAAAAAAAACAUAAUGUCAGCUCUCAUCAUUUGUAAAUUACAGGAACAUUUAAGUUUUUCCGCCUCUUUUCAUGCUAAAACUGAUUUUUUAAGGUUUCAUUGUAAAAUUAAGAAAAACAGCUAUUGUGUUUUGUUUCCAUUUUGUCAUUUAUGUGUAAUUUUUUUCUGAUGUUUUAAAAUUCAUAGCAUCAAAUUUAACUGUAGUUACUGUAAACCCGUUAAAAUAAAAGUAGCUUUGUUAUUCAAGUUUUAGGAAAUCAUGCAUGCAGUAUUACUGGUGUAUUUGAAUUAUCAUUCCAGUUAUUCAUUAAAGAGAAUUUCAUAUAGGUACUUAUUUUUAUAGACACAUAUACAUAUUAUCAUGUAAAUGUAACCAAUACUAUGAAACUUAAAUAUUUUUAGUACUUAAAACAAGUGAAAUACUAGUUUGGUUAGCAUGCAUACAAUUACAUAACUGUGCACGUAAUAUUAAGAAUAUGUGUUUUUGUCUCUAACCUACAUUCACUGCCAAAAUCUUAGAACACUAUAGAGACAAGGCACCUUACCGUUGGGCUGAUAUAUUAUGCUAAUUUUGUUGGCUGAAAUAAACAAUUUUGUAUGUUUUGUUUUCUAAAAAAAAAAAAAAACUUAAAGAACUAUA